GCAUCUGAUCCGCUUAUCAUGAUAACUAAACUGAUAUCCAAAAAAUUCAGAUUCACGAACUAAAUAAACUGUUUUAACUUUAUGAUGAAGCCUCGUGCAAGGAUGAUAUUGCCCCAAACCGCCUCGUGCGGAAAUUUUAAUGACUUAGUGGAUGAUCAGCAAAAAAUCUUUUUGUUUAUUUAGCUAUAUAAAGUAUAUGGCGGCAUACUUAUCGUCUUAAUUCACUUUGAUAAAAAGGAAUGAAAUACCAGGGAAAGGUAAACAUCUGGAUCCUGGAAAUGCUCCAGUUUAGUCCAAAUCUUCUUGCUUUGACAUGAAACCACUACUUCUCGCAUUUUGACUUCCGAGCAUGCAAACUUUUGCUGAUACUUAGAAAGUGAAACUACUGACCACAGCUUCAUAUGUAGUCAAAAUCUUCACGUAUAAAAUCUAUUGUCGCUCUUUGAAUUUUCUAUAAUAUAUGUACCUCCAAUAUUUACAGAAAUGAAAUAUUUUACAAUAUCUGCAAUUUAUUUUUCUCUAAAAUAAAGCCCUACAAUUAGAAGUGGGCAUCGCACUUUACCCAAGGAGAACCUUUAUCCCCAUCCAUGCACAUAUCUUCUUCUCCCAUAUCUUAUCUCUUCUGCGUGGGGUCGACCCCCUUCUUUUCUCCAAACAAUUUGCCUGAUAAGUAGAACGGUGAAAUGUGUUUACCAAUGUCCGAAUUUUGUAACAGAUUAUUUGUCUUAGCGUCGUAAAGAACUGAACCAUCCACCCACAAGAGUCAAAACCUAGCUAGAAUCUCCCUCUCAGGGAAUAUAGGGAGAUAAGUUUUGAAGUUUUUGCCUCUCUCAAAGAAAACUGUUUGAAUAAGAACCACUUCCCCAAUCAGCAUUGCUGUACAAGCAAUCAUCAGUCAUACCUCCUUCAUAACGCUUGAAAAUGAUAUAUUAAACAACUAAGGUUUCAGGAACAGAAACAGAAUGCGUAUUAUGUGAUCGUGCAUCAACAAAUUAAAAAAUUCAAGAGGGUGAUUUGUUCGUACAGUUCGUAUAAAAAAAAGCAAUACUUUGUUUGAGGAAAUAAAAGUACAGCAUGACAAUGGUCCGCAGCCAUAACUAAAGGCAAGAUAUAAAAAGCUUAAAUUAUUACAGUCACACAUACUGUGCUUCUUAGCCAUCUCCAUUCUGCACCCCCCACAUACAUGUCAACCAAUUAUUCAUUUAAUGAAUCUUCUUUCCCCCCAACCCUUUUUUGCUCUCUUUUCCUUUUCUAUAUAAACCCUGUCAUCAUUUCCGUACGGAUCACCAAUCCCAUUCUUUUUUUUUCCCCUUUCCCUUCCUUUCCCAUCUCUCAGUUUCCAAUUCUUUGACACAGAUAUAACAGAAAGAUGAAAGUGAUGGAGGGAAAGUUUCUCAAGUCCUGCAUGAAAAGAAACAUAAAAUUAGGGGCCAAAGAGGUACCUUCUUCGGCUUGUUCCAAGUGCUGCCAAUGGUUUCUGUGGCCACUGGUGCAGCAAGACAAGCGCACCAUUCCGAGGGAUGUUCCAAAGGGUCACUUGGUCGUUUAUGUCGGGGAGUACCGGAAAAGAUACGUGAUCAAGAUUACCUUGCUCAAGCAUCCACUAUUCAGGGCACUGCUGGAUCAUGCUCAGGAAGUAUACGAUUUCAGUGCAGACUCAAAGCUCUGUAUUCCUUGCGACGAGAGUGUCUUCCUUAAUGUUGUUCGUUGCACUACGUCCCCGGAACAUCGGCAAAUCUGUCUCUGCCUUUGAUGGUGAUCCAGCUAUAGAUGAUCUGAUUUUGUACAAGAUCAUUUAACUCGGUAUAUUAGUAAUACGAGUAUUUACAUAAAGUCCAUCUCUUGUAUAAUAUAUAUGCCCAUUCUAAUGUUAAAUUCUUUGCCUUCAAGUAAACUAAUGAUGGAUACUUUUCCCAGGCCACAAUUAGCAUGCAAAUACUGCAAACUCAUUCAGACUUUUUAAGGCUACUAAAACUAUUUAAUCUUUUUCAGCAACGAGUUUCAAACUUUGAGGAAUCAUAACAACUACUACUGUUACUUGUCUUCCAUGUCCCACUACAACUCAAAGCUAUAAACAAGUGAAUUUUUGAGGAAAUAUGGACUCCAGGAUUUCCAAGCGUAGCAGUGAGUUGCCGGUCUGAAGAUGACUAUUAAUGCUCCGGGAGACCAAGUGUUCAGAUCAGUAGAAGUAGUCAUAUUAAAGAGCAAAGAAAACCAGUUUGAGAAAUCUGCUGCAUGACCAUCCAACAAGAAAAUCUAAGCUUAAUAUAGUGACUUUUCGCUAAAUCCAUCUACUGCAAGAUGAAACAGCACAAUAGAAUCAUGGUUAAAGUAGGAUUACUUAUUCCCAUAGUUAAACGGAAAGAAGUACGUAUACUUCUACAGCAGCUGCAGAGACAGUGACAACUAGGUUCAGUCAUUAUUAUGGCUAAACAAGAAGAAGAAACUUAAGACUCUAGGGUGGUAAGGGUGGGGGAUCAUAAUCAAGUUGUGGUGUUUCAAACCUCGCUGAGAGCAAUCCCAACGAAAAUAUAAAUAAACUAAACCUAAGGCUCAUGUCAAAGACAGUUUUAGACCAUCAAUUUAGAGAAUUGUGCGAAAUUCUGUCUAAGUGGGAAUAUACAUCUUAAUUUAGUUAUCAGAAAUUCCAGUAAUUCAUGUUUUUCAUGUCGUGUGUUCCUCGGAAGUUAAAGACAGAAAUAAAAGUUGACAGGUAACCAGCCAUUGAAGCAUUUUGCAGUGACUCUAAAACUUUUUUGACAGGUAAUUUGCAUUUCAGAGGAUAGUUCGAACCUCACUUAUUUGCAGGGGAAAAUACAAAAGAAAAUGCGGAAGUUUACUCCCUUCCUAGUCGAAGGAAAAUGUAUAAAAACAGUAAUGUCGCUGGGUGCAUACACUUAAGAAAGUCCAUGGUGUUUGAACUUGCUGAAGCAUCUGAUUUUUAGGUAGGAUUCACUGUGGAAGGAAACUAACAUGACAUGAAUGCUCUCCCUAAAGGAAAUGCAAGUGCUAGAGGUUGACAUCAUCACUGCUUUAGAUGAGAUCCAGUCUCUUAUUUGCCUCCAGGACUCUUGCUUAAGGUUGACAUCAAACAUUUAGCUUUUAAAUGAUAGCAACUAAAAAUUCACACAACUACAUAAAGUAACAUGAUGAAUGGAAAAAGAAAAGAAAAGUAACUCAGCACAAUGCUUAUUUUCUCAAAGAUUGAAUCAGCAUGUACCAAGAAUUGGGUAUCAAACUUCAAAG